GUCUAAAGUCCAAAGGUUACAGAUUGUUUUUAGCUAAAUUGAUUUUCUGUUUAUAAUUUUAGGAUUUUAUAACUCAAAGUUCGCUGAGGUCUAUGGUCCGGUUCAUUCAGUUCGAUUCAGUUAUUUUUGUUUCUUACCUAGUUCGUUGAAUUAAUUGGUACCUUGUAUAAUUAAAUAUAAGGUAUUUUAAAUAAAUUAAUUAUGGCAUUUUCUCAGUUUGCAAAGGGACUAGUCAAAGCCAGUGUGCGACCACUCACAUUGAAUAGAAAUUAUUCCGGGAGCAUAGCCAACGGGUUUAAUUUUGAAUUAAAUGAAACUCAACGAGAAUUUCAAGACACUGCCAGGAAAUUUGCUAGGGAUGAAGUUAUUCCUGCAGCUCCAGUUCUGGAUAAAACGGGGGAAUAUCCAUGGGAAUUAUUUAAAAAAGCUCAUAGCUUAGGACUUAUUAACUGUCAUAUUCCAGAAGAACUAGGUGGACUAAAUAUGGGUGUGUUUGAUGCAAGUGUUAUUCUAGAAGAAAUUGCAUAUGGGUGUACAGGUAUUGCUACUGCAUUAGAAGGCACUUCACUUGGGCAAACGCCAGUUUUGCUUACGGGGAAUCCCGAACAGAAAAAAAAGUAUUUAGGUCGCCUUGUUGAGGAACCUUUGGUGGCUGCUUAUUGUGUAACAGAGCCUGGUGCAGGAUCAGAUGUAAACGGUCUGAAAGCAAAGGCAGAGAAGAAAGGAGAUGAAUAUAUUUUAAAUGGGCAAAAAAUGUGGAUUACAGGAGGAGGUGUAGCUAACUGGUACUUUUUAUUAGCCAGAACGAAUCAGGACCCAAAAUGUCCAGCAAACAAGGCUUUCACUGGAUUUAUUGUGGAAAGAGAAUGGCCCGGUGUGACGCCUGGAAGAAAAGAAAUAAAUAUGGGUCAGAGAGCUUCUGAUACACGAGGUAUUACAUUUGAAGAUGUUAGAAUACCAAAGGAAAAUGUCCUUCUGAAUGAGGGUGAUGGCUUUAAAAUUGCUAUGCAGACUUUUGACAAAACCAGACCACCGGUGGCUUGUUCAGCAACUGGUUUAGCUCAAAGAUGUUUGGAUGAGGCAUCCAAAUAUGCUCUUGAACGCAAAGCAUUUGGUGUUCCUAUUUUUCAUCAUCAAGCUGUUGCCUUUAUGUUGGCAGAUAUGGCAAUAGGUGUUGAGACUGGUAGAAUGGCUUGGAUGAAAGCUGCUUGGGAAACGGAUAAUGGAAUAAGAAACAGCUACUCAGCUGCAAUAGCCAAAGGAUAUUGUGCAGAUAUGGCUAACAAAUGUGCUAGUGAUGCUGUACAGAUCUUUGGUGGCAAUGGUUUUAAUAGUGAAUACCCUGUAGAGAAACUGAUGAGAGACGCUAAGAUCUUCCAGAUUUAUGAAGGAACAUCCCAAAUUCAAAGACUGAUUAUUUCAAGACAUCUUGCAGACCGAGCUAAGGAACUAAGCUGAAUUACUUAGGAUAAUUUAUAAAUUAUUAUUUUUUGAUAAUGAAACACUUUAUUUUUAAGAAAAUACUAUUGUAUUUUUAUUCUUAGGAGACUUAUUUGUUUUUUAUGUUUUAACUAUUAUUUACCCAUUUAUUAUCUACCUAUAUGUUUUAAUUAUUGUGAAUUAGUUCACGUUUUAUAAAAUAAUAUAAAACAUUUGUUAAAAUAUUUUUAUACAUGUGAAAUGAACUAGGAGAAUUCAAUAACUAUAAUAAACUCAAUAAAGUAAAAUAAUUUUUGUGUUGUA